ACAAAAACACCAACUGACCCAGCCGGGACUCAAACCAGUUACCAUGUUGUCUAAAAUGUCCUAAAUAUCCCAGGUUUUGGCCAACUGUUUGCAAGAAGAAAAAAUGAAUGAACAGAGUUUUUAAUAUACUUUAGUGUGGUCACUUAUUGUUUAAUGUAUUUUUUAUAGGCUCAAGUACAUUUCAGAAUAAGGGUUUCACUUGGCAUAGAUUGAUCUGUUGGGGUUAAUAAUAAUGUUUUAUGCAUUUCAAACGUAGCGAUUAUGCUUUCUGUAUAGACUCACAUUUUAAAAACGAGAAAACCAAAAUGUGUGAUAAAUAUUUAGGUGUAUUUUCUUACAUUCAAAACAGUAUAUUAAAAUUGAUGUUAAAUUAAAAACGUAGAGGGGGUUAGUUUUAUGCACAGUUUAAAGAAAUGAGGAGAACGUUAGCAGGUGUGGCUGGAAGUCUGAAAGGUAGAAAAAGAAAGUGAUGGAAUUUUGGUCAGGAAACCAGUGCUGGAAGUAUCCAAGAGCUACUGCAGCUGUUUCUGAGUCCACAUGCUGAAGAUACAACUAAAGCAAAUCUACCAUGUUCGGAGUGAAAUGCAUCCCCUUUGCGUUGUGGAUUAUUAUUCUCGUAGCAGGGGAAAAUGACUUAAAACUCAAGUUAACUCCAUUAAACCCUGCGGUUCAUGUUGGUGAGGAUUUGAGGCUGACCUGCAGCUGCAAUUCCUGUUCGGUUAAUGUGACCUUCACAUGGAAAACGUUACUUGACAGAUUUCACGGCGGAGUAGUUGAGGACGAGCCGACUGUUUCCCGCCUGCUGAUCAGGAGCAUCUCGACUGAACACAACAUCAAACUCGUCUGUAAAGCUAACUGUGGGAGCGAACGUUCAGAAAAAACUUCAGCAAUAAAUGUGUACUCGUUUCCACAUGAUCCUGUACUGCCCAAAAUAAAAAGCUUGAUAACAAAUCAGGAACAGAUGCUCAGCUGUACAAUCUACAACGUUUACCCUUUGGAAAGGUUUCAAAUUGAGUGGCUUCUUGGAGAUAAGGAGUCUGUGGUGAGCCCUGACACUUACCCUGAAGAACUGUAUGAUCAUGAGCAGAAUUAUACCUCAGUGUUGAAUUACACACAUUCUGCUGAUAAUCUGGGCAAGAAUAUCACUUGCAAGGCAACGCUAAAAUUGCCAAAUGGUUUUGAAAAAACUCGUAAUUCGACUCUUGAAUAUGGUCCAGGAACUAUAACCAUUUCCAGUUACAAAGCCUCAGUAAAGCUUGGUGAAAAUUUUGAGAUAACAUGCCAUGCAGAUGGAAAUCCCAAACCCAAAAUAUCGUGGUGGAAACAUGAAGAGGCUGAUCCUGAACCUCAGAGCCAAAAUGACAAGCUCAUUAUAAACAAUGCUUCCAGGUCGCAGGCAGGUUGGUACCAGUGCAACGCGAGCAAUGACCUGGGAAGCCUGCAAAAAAGCAUAGAGGUCAUUGUUUUAGGUCCUCCAAACACCCCCAAAAUCCAACUAAGCCACAGUGGAGAGCUAGAAGAAGGAGAAAAUAUAACCAUAUUCUGUUCUUCAGACGGCACACUGGCUGAACUGACAAUCUCUAGACAGUCCCAGAAUGCUGAAACAGGAGGUCACAGCCAAUCAGCUGCUCUCUUAAACCUCCCAUCAAUCCAAAUAACAGAUGCAGGGACUUACAUUUGUGAAGCAAAAAAUGACAUUGGGAUUGAGCGAAGCACAAUUGAGAUUAGAGUGAAAGCACGACAGAGCAUGCCUGACCUAAUGCCAGACCUGCCUGUAGCCAUAAUACCUGCUGUUGGGUCAGUGUCGCUGUUGACAGCUGUUGGGCUCCUGAUCCGACACUGCAGAAAGAAAGCCAGGAGCGAAUCCUGCAACUUGACAGAACUGAACUAAACAGAAGCAUUCAUCAGGACAUCAUCUCAUGGACAGGUGAAUACAACCCUGGACAGUUUUCUGCGGUUAUUGGUUUUCUGUCUUCAUUCAAUUGUAACAGAGUAAGUGUAGCUUAUUUACUGGAAGAAAAUUGUCAUGCUUAUUUACAUCAAGAAUAAUUUGAUUUAAUUCUAUUGAAAGUUUUUAAAGAUCACAGUGCUGAACUGCAACCACGGUGAACUCCAAAAUACUUGUUCAUUGUCAUUUUUAAUCUUGAUAUUUUGCUUGUUUGUGAGCAAGAAUUCAGAUCAGAAUAAAUUUUGUUUAUUUUUGACACUAA